AUGGGAGAAGUGGGAAGAAUAUGUUCGCGUCCGAUUCAGAGUUGCUUUCAAUGCCGUAGACGGAAGAUCAAAUGUAAUAGAACGUACCCUUGCGCACCAUGCAUUCUACGAGGAGAAGGAGACGUUUGUCGAGAGGUUGACCGGAGCAAUAUCGCCAGCUCCGGUAAAACAUCUGCCGAAACCCUGGCGGAGGUGAACACUAGGGUGUCCAUCCUGGAGAAAACGGUGGCGCACUUUUCCAAAUUCUUACCCAAAGAGGAGGAAGAGUCUCCUUCGUCGUUAUUCACUCCGCUCCCUGAGGAUAGUGAGCGCGAACUUGCGUUCACGUCGAUCGAUUCAAACUCGGUGACGCGUGCAAAUUCGCCAGCUUCCUCCUCCUCCUCCUCAUCUACGGCAGUAUCCCCGACUUUGCCGGUCGAGAACGAUACCUUCAAGGGGACCUCGCUUUCAGGUAUUGCGAAGGGAUACCUAUCGACAGACGAAGAGACGGCUAGGAUGUUGGAGGAUGUAGCUCUCGGAUGGCGAAUCAAUCGUCAUCGUGCAGCACAAGAUCUAGAACCCCGCGCAGCCUUUUCACCUUCACAUAAACCUCACACGUCCGAAACAGAUGUCGCUAGUCAAAAUGAUGGCCUGUCAAUCGACCACCCUCUUUCCCUGAUAAUAGGAUCCUCCACAAACGCCCUACAUAACAUUUUCGCAUUGCUACCCGGAGAGAUCCAGAGUAGAACGUUAGUUGAAAAUUACUUCCAAAAUAUCGAAUGGUACACAAAGACAUUUCAUUAUCCGUCGUUCAUGGCAAACGUAAACCGUCUGCUCGAUCGUACUAGACCGGUACCCUUCCCUAUUAAGGAGGUUGACCAGGACAUUCUCGCAUUCUUGCCGGUCUACUUGAUGGUCCUCUGCCUUUCGUUCUACCUCAUUGAACCCGAUCAGUACCGAUCCCUGGGAGUGGCAUCUCAAGAUACGGAUACGCUACAGAUGGCGAAAAAGAUGUAUAACGCAGCCCAUGCUUGUCUUUUACUGCAGGAUUACCUCGCACACCACACGUUAGAAACCGUCCAAUGCCUAAUUCUGAUGGGCGUUUACCAACAGAAUACGGGUGACUCAGACUCACAAUGGGCUUUACUUGGGACUGCUAUCAAGAUGGCGCAAAACCUCGGGAUGUCGCAACUUCCACCCGAAUCCGCCAGCCAAGCCUACCCUGCCAUGUGGCAAUCAGUUGUCAAACGAGAAGUGGCUCGUCGAGUGUGGUGGAACCUUGUUUUCAGCGACUGGUCUCAAGCAUCGACACAUAGUGGAUUAUAUUCCAUACACCCACAUCAAACUCAUACCUCCUUACCUGCCAAUUUGAAUGACGCCGACCUGAUCGAGGGAAAACCGGUCCAAGGGAAGCCAAAGAACCAGUACACGGAGAUGACAUUUUCACUUACCCGCUUCCGAUUCAUCAAUACCCACCGCCAGUCCAUUGACCACAUGAUGAAACCCAGCUUAAUGGGGUGGAGUUUUAUUAAAGACACAGACGCGGAACUCCGACAGCUGUUGGAGCAAGUGCCAAUGUCUUUCGAAAUGACGAAUAAGAUUGGAAAGAAACUUGAAAAGGGGAAAAAGAGUUUGGAGAUCUUGUUCGUGAUGGUGAUGGGACUGACGUGGAGAAUGAGGCUGCACCGACCGUUUUUGUCCCGAGGAUACACCGACUGUCGAUUUGAAAAAUCAAAGGAAGAAUGCAUAUCCUCCGCUAAAUCGAUUCUCAAUUAUUUCAAGUCAUACCCCGAGCAUUUCGAGCAACUGCUGAGAUGGCGGACGGUCAUGUCGUACGGAUUUGCAGCGGUCGUCGUGUUAUUCAUGGAUCUAUGUCACCACAAACAAACCGAUCCCUCUUCAAUUGAAGGCAGGAGAAAUGAAUUCGAAGAAGCGUCGGCAGUCCUAAGGUCUGGAAUUGCCAAGUGCAAGUCGGGAUUAUCUCAAGACAGCCUCCGAUUAAUGGAACGGAUGAUCAAGGCAUGUAGUGCUCCUACAUCCAUCUCGGAAUCAAGUAAAAAACGGGCAACCCCAGACUCCGAGUCAGACGAGUCCUUUGAACGAAUGGCAAAGAAAAUCCUGUUCUCUCCCAACCCCUCACAGUCAACCCAUACACCUUCUUUCCUCAGAUGGGGGGUAGAGCAAGACGCUGACAAACGUCUAUUUACCACCCCUCAUCAAACGCCGGCACCAACACCGAACCUGGGCUACUUCGAUUUCAGGCUCAAAUCAUCUUCAUCACUGACGACGACGACGAGUACUAAUAGCUCACUUCCGACGGAUUCGUUCAUCAAAUAUAGGUUACCUACCCCGCCCUAUUUGGAAUCUAACAUGAACACGCCACCAUCGUCGGAGUCAGCAGCGGCGGGGGUGGUGGCCGCGGGCGACUCGACAAGUCUGCAGUUCGAGUUGGACUGGAACAUGGAUGUGAUGUUACAGCAGAAUCCGGUGCUUGACAUCAAUAGCUCGGCCUGGCCCUUUGGCGAUUUACAGAUGAUGGGACUCGGGGUAGGAGAUUCGACGCCGCCCAGUUUUGAUUUCGACUUUUAG